UUCGGAUAAGGAGCCGCCACCGCAUGAAGUGGAGGAUAAAGAGGAUGAAAAGGAAGAGAGAGAAAUACAGGAAUUACAUCCACAGCUGCGUAAAACAGAACAAAAGCCAAAAGAGCCAGAAGAAAAAGAAUUAACCGAAGCUGAAAUAGCAAUGAUGGAAGCAAGAAAACGUCAUGAGGCAGAAGAAGAAGCUAAAAUGGUUGGAUAUGAAGAACGUCGAAAACAAGAAAUGGCACAAUUAGAUCAAGAAUUAAGUCAAUUAAAAGAACAACAUCGUCAACGUUUAGAAGAACGAAAAAAAGAAGAAGCAGAAAUGGCUGCAAUUAGAAAACAAGAUGAAGAACGAAGACGAAAAGAAGAGGAAGAAAGAAAAAAACGAGUUGAAGAAGAAAAAGCACGUAAAGAAGCCGAAAGACAUAAAAGGCAAAUGAUGAUGGCUGGUUCUUUUAUUGGUGGAGGUACUGGAGAGAAAGGUGUUCGAAAUUUUGUUAUUGAGAAGAGAGGAGAAGGAGAAAAACUUGGGCCUAAAUCUGAGGGUGGAGCAAGACGAAAAGGGCCAUCAGCUGCUGAGGCUGCUGAAGCUAAGCGUAAUUAUAUGGCUAUUGUUAACCGUCCAGUUGAUGUCGAUAAAAUGUUACCUAAUGAUAUAAAAAAUAAAAUUAAACAAUUACAUGCACGUAUUGUGAAAUUGGAAGGAGAAAAGUAUGACUUGGAGAAACGCAAAGGACGUCAAGAAUAUGAUUUGAAGGAGCUUAGUGAACGUCAAAAACAGGCAGCACGUCAAAAAGCUUUGAAUACUGGUGUUGACCCGACAGAAGUUGAAGAUUCUAAUUUUCCUCCCAAAGUUCGAGUAGCUUCAAAAUUCGACCGUAAAACCGAUCGACGAGAAUAUGGAGAGCGUCGUGAAAUGUUUGAAAACCCUGCAGCUCCACCUGAACCAGAAAUUGCCCACGGAAGUGGACGUCCCCCAUCAGAAUGGGGACGAAAGGAAUUUGAAGAGCUGGAACAGAUCCGAAAGAAUCUAGAACCUCCAAAAUAUAUGGAGCAAGUUGUGGCUGAGGGGGAUGCUGCACGUCCACCUGUGCCUGUUAUUCCUUUACAAAUACCUGGAAAUUGGAAUCCUGAAGACGAAAAAAGUAAAAAGAAGAAAAGAGUUUCUUUAGGCAAAGAAGAAGAAGAAAAUGAAGAGAAUAUUGGGGGAAGUAAAAUUAAAAAUAAAGAGAGUAGUGGAGGAGGUGGUGGUGGAUGGCGUGAUAAAAUAAAGGAAAAAGAGGCUCCGGCACCUCCACCAAAAGCGCGUGCUUGAUUGAUAAUAAAAAGAAGAAAAUAAAUAAAAAAUAUACAUAU